CAAAAUUCUACAAAUAGAAACACUCACAGUCUCUCACUUUCUCUGUAACUUCCUCUGCAAGCCUUUUCCAUUUUCUCUCCCAUUUUCUCUCUGUUUCCCGAGAAAACUUCUCGCUCGGAAAAUGUUUCUCCCUCUGGAUAUUACCUCUCCUCCACCACCGUCACCGCCACCGUCUCGAACUCCUCAAGGUUUUCGAGUUUCUUCUCGAUUCUUCUAGCAGCAUUGUUGUAAGGUUCGGUUCAUGUGUUCUGUUCUGGUGUUUCUUGGAGAAAUUCAAACACUGUGAGUAGUCAACGCUAAAUUUGACGGAGGAUUUUCUCGAGAAAAUGAGCCAGGAAAAUGGAACCGCGAAUGUCUUUGCUCCACCGUCUCAAGAUUCUAACAAGCGAUCGAAAAUUUCGUACUCGAGAGAGUUUCUUCUCUCUUUAUCAAAAGCAGAUUGUCCUAAUGCGGUGAAAUUACCGAAGGAGGUUCAGCUCUCAAUUUCAUGUGUGUUUCAAGAUUCACCUGGAAUUCUAUCUGUGCCUACUUGUGUUUCAGACUCAGGACUUCAGAAAAUCAUGCCUCAGAAAAUUUCUCCAAGGGUUAUAGAUGUAGACAGUGCUAAUCAUCAGCUCCAUAGGACUAUUGAACCGUAUCGGCCUCCAUGUCGUUACAAGGCACUACCUCCACCUAGAGACAGCAAUGUCUUGCUUAACGGUGACACAUCUGUAUCUUCUGAGGGAACAAUUCAAGAGAAAACAGAACGGGAAAGUUGGAGAAAAGAUAUAGUCAGGGAAGUGGAGGAGGACAAGGGGAAUUCUAUACAAAACAUAGAUUCGAAGGAUCGUUCAGAGGAAUUUCUGAUGACACCAGCAACAAGAAAUUCAAAUAUCUUGCAGUUUAUUUCCAAUCUUAUGAUCAAUGAGCAAUUAGAUGCUUCAUCGAAACUAAGUCUGAUUGAAGGAGCUGUAAGAGGCAAUUCUGUUCAUCCAUCCACCUUGCCGGAGAUGACUAAAAGUUGUUCUACACAAAGGCAGCAAGAUUUAACUACUGAUAAAAUAGUAAAUCCAUGGCAGUCGUCUGGAAACCAUAUAAACACAUAUUGUCAUCUUUCAGCGUUGGAUACUGAUCACCUAAUGAAGUCUGAAGAAUGUUCAAACUUUGAUGUGGAAUAUCCAAUAGGAACUUGCCAAGUUAUGGAAUCUCUAAAGAAAAGUAGACCAACAAGCUUCCAUAACCAAGAGAAUUGCGGAAAUUUCAAGAAAAACCUUUGUCGAGUGGCAUAUGAGCAAGGUACCGUGGAGUUGCAAUUAAGUAAUUUGUCUUUGCAAGAUGUCAAGCAAGCAAUUCCAGUCAUCCCGAAGCAAGAUCGAUGCAACCCUGAUCUCCAAUCUCAGGAGGAGUUGGAGUUAAAUUCUUCCUGCAACAGCUUAGAUGGAGAAUCAAAUUCUAGCUCUGAAAUUUGCUGGCCUGAUGAGGACAGUUUAAUUGCAUUUGAUGGAUCAUUCUUGUUGCCAGAGGUGGGAAAUUCGGCUGUGGGUGAUAAUUUCAUGUCUAACCCUGAAACAAGUCCAAAUAAAGCUGAUGGGUUCAGUCCAAGAUCACCUCAUGAGAUGAUCGAAAAGCUAGUGGAGUCCAUACUCAAUGAUGAUGACAGUACUCCUGCACCACAUUUUGAUGAUCCUAUAGUGCAUCAUGGAGCUGGAACGGGCUUUUACCCCCCUGUGCAUGCACAGCAACCUUACCCUCAGCUCUGUUCUAAUCAGUUGAAUCCAAGAAGGGGUCAACAAAGUCAUAACAGUUUUCAAGAAAACUUCAUUGGUUCCCCCACAUUUUCUCUGUUUUCCCACCCUUUCCCAUCCAACUCAAUUUCUCCACCUUUCCUUCUUUCCCAAGAUGACAUGAGAAGGUUUGAUCAUGAAGUCGGUCAAUCGAAAUUCCAGCAGAUGAUAAAUCCAAGCAAACUUAAUCUCAGCUCAUUGUGUGAACCACAAACUGGUGUUCCAGUUCCACCACACCUGCCUGCAUCUCGCAUGACUUGUUGCACCCAAAAGCUAAACUCAAUGCAGGGUUGCUUAGGAUAUCAUGAAUCGAGCUAUGGAGGUUUCAUAAGACCACCGAGUCUUGAUCUUCAUGGUGAUAGCGCAAGGAACUGGAACCCUUAUGUUGGAGGUUUUCAGUAGCAGACUUUGAACCACUGCCAGCAAUUGUUGGGAUGUAGAUGGAAUAUUGGUCUGAAAAAUUGUAAAAAGAUCACAAUUGUCUGCACAGAUUUCUCAUACUUUUGUUGAAACAGUAUUGAAGUUGUGUAAAUACUAAAUAGAUCUCUCCUAGAUACAUGGAAAUUUCAUGUCCUGAAACUUCAUACUAUGACACACAGUAAAGGCUAACAGUUGACAAAAGAUUUGGUGCAUACUACUUUUUCCAACAAGGACGUGAAAUGUUGAAUUGCAGAGACUUUUUUUGA